GACCACUGUUCAGAAUGAAUAAAUGUUAGACAUUAACUAUAUAUUUUAUGACUGAUUACUUUUCAAGAAGCCAAUAGUCAUAUUAUUUUUAGGAUUGUCUCAUGACAGCUGAGUUGAGGGAAGUUAAUGAGACUAGAAAUGUAAAAUAUAUCAAAUAUCAAUUCCCAGCUAACCAUGCUAAAUCAAACUAACCUUUGCUCAUGUGAACAUCCAACAUGAGACUAUACCGAGGGCUUCAGUCCGCUUAAAACAAACUCAUUUUCCCAGAAUCCUGUCACGUCUUGUAAUCUGUCCAAUCAGUGAUGUCCAAUCUCGGCGUCACAACAUAAAUUGUAAGGCCUCUACCGGCGCUUGUAAACAAGUGAUACUUCAGUUUAUCUGUGGCGUUAAACGUCACUCUAUACAGACAUUUAUGGAUGUAACUGCGGCGAGAAGAAACAUCAUGAUGGAUCUCGGGGUCUGGGCAGACCGCACUCCCAUGCACGAGGCGGCAUCCCUGGGUCGCCCGGUGCUGCUGAAACAGUUGAUUGACCGUGGAUGCCCCAUUAACAUCGUGACGGUGGACAACACCACGCCUCUUCACGAUGCGUGCUGGUAUGGGAACUCAAACUGCGUACGUCUGCUGCUACAGGCUGGCGCGCAGGUGGAAGUGAGGAACAUCCAUGGCAGUACGGCUCUGUGUCACGCGUGUGCAGCUGGCAGCCUGAUGUGUGUGAGUCUGUUGCUGGAGCAUGGAGCUCAGAUCAACCCGACUCUCACCGCCAACACUGCUACACCCCUGCACGAGGCCUGCAGCAGAGGGAACUCUGAGUGUGUAAAGUUGCUGAUCUCUAAAGGAGCGCUGCUGGAGAGGUAUGAUGUCCACACGGGUACGCCGCUGCACGUAGCCUGUGCCAAGGGACACACACAGUGUGCACGUGAGAUGCUCAACGCAGGAGCCAAGGUGAAUGCCAUCAAUUUCCACAACACGGCGCUGCACCACGCCGCCCAGGUCGGAUCUGCUGACCUCAUCGAGCUGCUGGUGGAGUUCGGGGGUGACAUCAACGCCAGCGACAACAUGAACAAGAGGCCGCUGGACUACACAUCACUAGAGUCCCAGGCACGUGUGAGUCUGCUUCACUACCACAACUGCCCUUUAUCUCUGCAGCAGAUAUGUAGGAUCCGUGUGAGGAGAAUCUUGGGCACCAAAGCUCUGAAGGUCUUGCCCCAGCUCAACCUGUGCCAACUCAUUUUGAAUUAUCUCUGCUAUGACUGACUGGCCACAACACUCUCACACACACAAACACACUCACACACACACACACACACACACACACACCCUAACCCUAACCCUAACCCACACACUCACUUGUGUCAGCAGAGUUUCAUCCAAAGCAGAUGAUUGACCACAUGCAUGUACACUCUCAGCAUCAGAAAUGCACUGGUGUAUUUCUGUACAUGUAAAUAAAUAUAUGCUCUGUU